CAACAUGGAUUUUUCUUUUCAGUUUUCGUGAGUUUUUCUUCGAAAAUUCGACGAAUUUUUGAGUAAUAAAUGUAAUAAUCCAUAAAUUUUCGAUAAUGGUGUCAUUUUUAAUUUAGGGCAAGUUAUUUAUUGAAGCUACACACCGGACACACUAUUUUCGAAAAUGACUCGUUACACCAAUAAACCCAGUGGUCGUCGGAUACCGGAGAAAGCUACCCCUUGGAACGAGCUAAAAAACCCAGAACGAUCCAAUGUCGAAGAACAACCCGUCGCUAAACAACCGAAAGUAGUGAAGAAAAUAUCUUGGAAAUGCGCCACCGAAGAACCUCUCGAGAUCAACCGAAAAGCCACUCAGUCUGUGCCGAAAAAAGAAAAGAAUAAGGAUAAUAAGGAAUACAAACGUCGUAAACCGCUCACAGAUAUUCCUUCGAUUUACAAAGAUGGCACUGAAAUCGGUAUAGUACGUUUUCGCGGAUUUCCCGUCAAGAAGAGUGAUUGCGAACGUUUGAAAGCCCUUGAGAAAAAACUCAAAGCUUCCGGUGUGCCUCGUGAAGAAAUCGAUAAAACGUUGAAAAUGGAACGUAGACGUGCCGAAAAAGCUCUCGCCAGAGAACGACGUACGCUAUGUUUUCAUUGUCGUAACUCGGGCCAUAUGUUAUCCGAAUGUCCCGAGCUGCAGAAAAAGGAUACCGAAAUGAUCGAAUCCGGUAUCUGCUUCAAAUGCGGAUCUACCGAACAUCAACAUAUGGAAUGCCACAUUAAAGGAGACGUCUAUAAACACGCUACUUGUUUUAUUUGUAAACAAGAAGGACAUAUAUCGAAACAGUGUCCCGAUAAUCCCAGAGGAUUAUAUCCUGAGGGUGGUGGCUGCAGAGUAUGUGGCGAUGUUACCCAUCUAAAGAAGGAUUGUCCUAAAAUGAGCAAAAGAAAGAAACAGGAUUACGAAGUGACCAUUAAAACGAUGAAUAGUCGAGUUUCAGAUGCGUUAGAUGAAGAUUUAGAUAGUGGGAAAAUACGCUCGCCUCCUAAGAAAAAGAAAAAGGUGAUCACUAUGUAAAUCGAUGUGUUUGUGAUGUAUUGUUUCUUAUGGUCAAUAAAUAUUUAUUUAGAUUGUU